AUGUCUUCCGGUUUCUAUCUAAAUGGUACCCCUGAUGAGGUCAAGAAUGCAAAGGGGCUUCAUCUUAUAACAAUGUCAACACCUAAUGGCAAGAAAGUUCAGAUCAUGCUUGAGGAACUGAAGGCAGUAUAUGGCACCGAAUACACUCACACUCUUAUCAAUAUUACAAGCAAUGAGCAGAAGAAAGACUGGUUCCUGAAAUUGAACCCCAAUGGUCGAAUUCCUAUUCUGAUUGAUAACACCAAAACACCUCCAUUCCCUGUCAUGGAGACAAGUGCAGAGCUGCUCUACCUUUUGAAAGAGUUUGACAGCAAUGACAUGUUCGGAUUUAAGGAUGAGCUGGAGAGAAAUGAGUGCCUUCAGUGGCUAUUCUUUUGGCAUGGCAGUGGUGCUCCAUACCAAGGCCAAGUGAACUACUUUGCCAAAUUUGCAAGUGAGAAAAAUCCAGGAGCUCUGAAGAGAUUCAAGGAUGAGCAUUUGCGGACUCUUGGAGUGCUCGAGAUUCGCCUGUCGGGCAAAUAUACCGGGGAGCCUCGUGAAUACUUGGCUGGCAAUGGAAAAGGAAAGUAUUCCGUUGCAGAUAUUGGGACUUGGCCAUGGGUGAGUGGUUGGGACUUCUCAGGCGCUAUCACGCAGGAAGAUAUGAGUGCAUUCCCGCAUGUGCUGAAAUGGGUUGAUAGAAUUUCUGAGCGACCUGCCGUUCAAAGUGGAAUUGCCAAAAGAUGGCAAAAUUGGUGA